CUUCAGGGCACAUCGGGUUCUACGGAUUCUGUCUGCUUCCCGUCUAUUAUGCGUCUCCUCCCUUCUAUUCCGUAUCCUCCGCCGUCUCAAGAUGGGUAUUGGCAUCCUGUUACCUCGACCCUGAACUGGUGCGAGGAGGACUACUAUGCUACCAUCUACUCCGCCGAGAUCGUCAACACCCUCACAAACCUUUUGUUCAUGGCCUUGGGCGUAAAGGGCAUCCAGAGCUGCCGGCGCAAUGGGCACGAUACAAUCUUCCAGGUGGCCUACUACGGCUACCUUGUCGUCGGAACAGGCAGCUUCCUGUUUCACUCGACGCUGAAAUACCCAAUGCAGCUAGUAGACGAACUUUCUAUGAUUUACACCACAUGUCUGAUGUGCUAUGCCUCCUUCUCCUACUCCCGCUCAAACAAUUACCGCAUCGUCCUGAGCAUCUUCCUCACCGCGCUCGCGGUCUUCAUAACUCUGUACUACCACUACCUCCAGAACCCGGUCUUUCACCAAAACGCAUAUGCCCUGCUGACGGCCAUUGUGCUCAUCCGGAGCAUGUACACAAUGGAAAUGAAGCUGCGUCCGUCUUUGCGCCACUCGACGGAAGAAGACAGACUCGAGCGGGAGAAGAAGGGUCUUCCGGUUCUUUCCAAGGAACAGCAGCACUAUGAGAAUGAGCGGGACCUGAAGACGCUCAAGACAAUGUGGCUUAUGGUUGGGUAUGGGCUGAGUGUCUUCCUGGGGGGAUUCGCGAUCUGGAAUCUGGACAAUUACUUCUGUAGCACGAUACGGCGGUGGCGGAGAGAGAUUGGCCUUCCCUGGGGAAUUUUGCUGGAAGGGCAUGGAUGGUGGCAUAUCAUGACCGGUACUGGCGCGUAUUUGUACAUCGUCUGGGGCAUCUGGCUGCGCCACUGUUUAAACAAUCGACAGGAGGAAUAUUACCUAUGGUGGCCACAUAUUUGGAGUAUCCCCGAGAUAGUGCGGACAUCGGUCACGACGAACGGAUCGGCGAAGAAAUCGCAGUGA